AUGUCUUUGUACGGCUUAUCAUCUCGUAACAAGCAUUCUGAGAAGUGUCCUAUUGGUUACCAUAAUAUAAACUGCUCGGAAAAGUGCAAAUAUCCAAGCUUUGGAGAAGAUUGCCAAGGCGAAUGCAAAUGUAGAGAACGUCUUUGUGAUUUUGUACGAGGAUGCCUUGAACAGAGAAGUAAAGAUACAAGACUUUUUGUAAUUUACAGAUUACAUACUACAAGGUACUUUGGAACAACCCCUGUAUCUGAUAUCACAGUGAGUACUGAAGAACUUACACCACAAACAACCAAGAUGAUAAGUACAAUAAAAGCGCAUCAGACAAAAGUGGACUUCAUUUUGUACGGCAUUUUUAUCUUAGUUGGCGUUUUUCUGAUGCUGUUUGGUGUUUUUGUUGCUACUUAUCUUUAUAAACAGUGCUUUCGAAAAAGAACUACUAGCAAAAGAUACGGCACAGUUGAAUUAACUGCCGUUGACAGGUACAAAGGACUGGAAAAUCAGAAAAUUGUGACAAAUGAUUCAAGUGAAAAUACGUCACCAGAUCCCGUCUAUCUCGAUCCAAUUUGUGUUGAUAAUGAGUCACCAUUUAAUAACGUAGAAUCAGAUCAAUUGUCUUUGCACAUAGCCAGCGUGUAUCUGGAGGUAGUCAACUGUACCAGUAGUGAAGAAUCAUUGCCUUCUAGUGAGCAAAACUUUCAUAAUGAUUAUGUUGAAGUCAUACAAUAA